AUACAAAGAUAAACUUAAUCAUUUCUCCAUCGGCGGUUGUUCGAACUCCUGACUUCUCCGAGUCUCUUUCCCUCAAGUUACAAGACGACAACAAAUACAACCUCAUUCUAAGGAGUGCACGUAAUCCCACACGGUGCUCGUCUUGUUUGUCUUUUGCCUUUGCUUUGUUGCUUUGAAAAUGAAAUUGAAAAUAAAUAUCUCAAGACUUCUCCCUGACUUUGACUGGCUAGUAUUCAACGGCCAUUUCCCAUCUUACAGACCCAAUUCUUGUUUCCUGUGUUUCUUCUUUUGCUCUGUUUUUUUAGCGAAAGUAUUGAUCUUGCUGUUUGGAAGUAAUGGUCGGUGCUUUGUUUGUUGUUGGCUCGUCGGUUAUGGAUUUAAUAUAUCAACAUGGCAAGGAAGUGGAGUACUUGAGAGUCAGGAGCUUGCAGAAAGAGUGAUGAUCACGCGUCUCCACUUGUAUGGCAAGUGGAUCAAGAAAUGCGACCAUGGGAAGAUAUACCAAGAUAUAACAGAUGAGAACUUGGCUUUGAUGCGUGAACGACUUAUGGAGACUGUGAUAUGGCCUUCCGAUGAUUCAAACUCAGAGGUUAUUAGCUGAAGAAGAAUGUCACACCACAGCAUUUAGGAACAUGAGUUUCUUAGUUUGAUUUUACAUUGUGUGUGUAUAUAUGUGUAAAGGUUCUCAGUCA